AUGGCUCCAAGCGCUGUGGGGUCGAAUCUCUGCACAUCAGCAUCUUGCGUACACAUCGCUUCCGAGAUUCUCGGAAGUUUGGCAUUAAACUAUACCGAGAUUGACCCUUGCGAAGACUUUGAACAAUAUGUUUGCGGCAAUUGGGCUGCUCGACACGAGAUCCCCGCUGGUGGAGUCUCCACAGAUGGACUCACGCUUGCCCAGGAAAAUGUCGAGAGUGCCUUGAGACAGAUCCUCGAGAGCCCAUAUCCUUCCGGCGACGAUGCUGGAUGGAUUACUGUCAACUUGACAAAGGAGCAGGCCAAGGCAGACAGGGAGAUCUUUUCUAAGAUCCAAGACACGUAUCAGGUCUGCACUAACUAUACAGCGCUGGAAGAAGAGGGUCUUCAGACUCUGCAAGAAGUUGUCAAGACAGUCGUCGAGCUGUAUCCUACUACCCCAUCGAGCAACAGGACAGCUACAAACACAACCGACGAUUCUGUUGAACUCGGCAAGACUUUGACCUUUUUCGAGAGCGUCGGCAUUCAGACCUUCCAGCGGUUCAUACAGAAACAGAAGGACACUGACCCUGACGCGGUCCAACUGAACCUUUUCCCUCUCCAGCCUGAAGAAGUAGUCCUUCCCGCUACAGAGCAGCAUCUCGAAGAGUACAUCAAGAUCGCAUCUCAGCUUAUCGUCUCUGUCCAUCCUUCCAAUAUCAGCAUGACAGCAGCUACUGAACUCAUCACUGCAGUGAUUGAGUUAGAAGGCAAAUUAGUAGCUGCUUAUGCCUUGGCACAACAAAAUGGACCGCCAUCUGAAAUUGUCUCGAUUGAUGAGGUGCAGAAGCAAUUCCCCGAGCUGAACUAUGAAUAUGUGAUCGAGCAGCUUGCUCCCAACAAUUGGACAGGCGACAUCCAACUCGUUGCACCCACCUACUUCAACAAUGCAUCCCAGAUUAUAUCUGAGACUCCGACUACAAUUCUCCAAGCAUACUUCGUAUGGAAGGCGAUUACUUCCAUUUCCAUCUACGUCGAGUCCGAUUUGACCAACGCGUACAACGACCUGGUGAACAAGAUAAGGGACAGAGACCCUGAGAGCCCUAUACCACGAUGGAAGCGCUGCAUCAACUUGAUGAAUUACGGCGUUGCCUGGACCCAGGGCUCCCAGUACACGUCGCAGUACAUCGGCCCGACGGGCCUGACGUGGAUACUCUCACGGUUCUUCGUGGACAAGCAUUUCAGCCCUGAGGCUAGCGAGCUUACAUCUAAUCUUGUGCAACACAUCAAAGACUCCUUCUCAGAGCGCAUCGAAUCGCGCGACUGGGCCACGGACGAGGUCAAGAAGGCGUCUAUCGAGAAGGUGGAAGCUAUGGCGAAGAUCAUCGGUCUUCCUACCUUCCCUGAUGCCGUUGAUCCAAUUUCCCUCCAGGACUACUACUUGGAUGUCGAGAUCAAACCUUCUCUAGCCUCAACUGCGCUGAGCUUCGCCAAGUCCAAGGUUAAGAAUAACUGGAUGACUUUGGGAAAGCCGUACAACAGGGGUCAAUUUGUGUUGAGCACUCUCACCGCCAACGCUUAUCACGCGCGCUCUCUGAACCAGAUCGUCCUAUUCGCGGGUUUCCAACAAUUCCCUAUCUACGACGUAGAAUUCCCAUCUUAUCUCCUCUACGGUGGAAUGGGCAGCGUCGUUGGACACGAGAUCACACACGGUUUCGAUAACACAGGCCGUAACUUUGACGAGACUGGUAAUUUGACAGUGUGGUGGGAUGAGAAGUCGAUCAAGGCCUUUGAAGAAAAGACCAAGUGCUUCAUCGAACAGUAUAACAACUUCACCAUCCGAGCGCCCAAUGGUACAGAUGUCCCUGUCAAUGGAACCCUCACGCUUGACGAGAACAUCGCCGAUGCUGGGGGUGUAACUUCCAGCUACGCGGCGUGGAAGAAGUGGGAAAGCGAAAAGGGUAAGGCGAAGAAUCUUCCUGGUUUACAAGACUUUACGCACGAGCAACUGUUCUUCAUCAAAUGGGGCCAGACUUGGUGCUCUAACGUUCCGCCAAAGUUGGCUUUGACGCUGCUCCAGGAUGACAUUCAUAGUCCAGCGCCUGCGAGAGUCGAGCUGCCUCUGAAGAACACAGUUGGAUUUAACAAGGCGUUCAACUGCCCUAAGAAGGAGCCUGUUUGUGAGCUCUGGUAA